CCAAUGAAGAAAUACUUAUCGCGCAGUGAGCGGGCAUUCACAUGACCAUUACAUACACUUGGCUUGUUACAGCUAAUCCGUCUUAUAUUUUUUCCAUUUAGCACCAUGAAGCGUUUUGCGCGCAUCGCCGUCGUGUCUUUCCUAUUUUCAUCCUUGGUUCUCAUCGAAAGCGAAGCUGGGGACCAAACGGAACAAGCAAAGGCUGAAUCGUUUCUGAAAAAUGUCAAUACAAUCUUGGCGCAGAAGGGCUACGAAGACAGCGUGGCCUCCUGGGCGUACAGUACUAACAUCACGGACUACAACUCUGCGGUGAAAGUCCAAGUCAGUCUCGCCUAUAGCAAAGCUUACGCAGAAAUCCAAAAGAAUGCUUCUCGAUUCGAUUUGAGCAAAUUGAAAGAAGACGCCGCACGACAAAUUAAAUUCCUGCGCAAUUCUACAGCACUGAAAAACCAAACUGAACUUAAAGAAGCCGAGAAUCUUGGUGCAAAAUUGAGCAAAUUGUACAGCACGGCUAAAGUCGGCACAGCUUCGUUGAGUCCGGAGUUAGUUAACAUCAUGGCGAAAUCACGCGAUUAUAAUAAGCUCCUUGACGCUUGGUGGGGAUGGCGCAAUGAAUCCGGGCGCAAAAUGCGAGACCUUUACAGACGCUACGUGGAUUUAACAAACAAAGGUGCGAGAGAGAACGGUUACACUGAUCGCGGACAAGCAUGGAGAGGAAAAUACGAGGUUGAUGAUCUUGGCGCUAUUGUGGAAAAAUUGUGGAAUGACCUGCGACCAUUGUACCUAGAAAUGCAUGCGUAUGUGCGACACAAAUUAAGAAAAGUCUAUCCUGACAAAGUUGUCGAAGACGGUUACAUUGAAGCUCACUUGUUAGGCAACAUGUGGGCACAGAGUUGGGUUAAUAUAUUUGAUUUAGUGGAGCCUUACAAGAACAAAUCUAGUCUGGAUGUUACAUCGAAUAUGAAGACAGACCCGCGGUAUAAUACUGCUGAGAAAUUGACCAAAUUGGCAGAGGAUUUUUUCCUGUCGCUUGGAUUAAAACGUCUUCCUUCUGCCUUCUACAAAAAGUCUUUGUUAGAGAAACCAAAAGAUCGCGAGGUGGUAUGUCAUGCUUCUGCUUGGGAUUUCAGUUUGUACAAAGAUGUGAGGUAAGAUGAUCUGUUUUUGUUAAAAAUACCAUGUUUUCCUUCUAAAUCAGGAAACGUAUGACGUAUGUUAGACGAGGAAUUCGUCCAGAAACUCUCGCCGUAACAUAAAUUCGGUCAACAACGUAUUUUCCGUCUCAAUUUAACUGGCUUUCCCUCUAACUUUCUAGUCCAAACGACGGGGAACGUUAAACGAAUUUAAUUUAGUCCCGUCUUAGAUAAGAAACGCUCUGAUUCCCGUCUUAAAUGAAUUAUGCCUAUUUCAAACCUCGAACUUUCACGUGCCGUACCUAAUGCAAAUCCAGGUUUUGAAUUGGGUAGUCAAAGAUCUUCUCCAGGACCAAGCUCAUUACACAGUCCGUUCGGACUUCAAAAUCUUAGUAAUAUUUUUCCCAGCAAUGUAUCCUUAACACCACUUGUCGACAUGUUGAAAACUGUUUUGAACAUGUCGACAAGUGCUGUUCAGGAUAUAUAUUGCUAGGAAAAAUAUUACUCAGAUUUUGAGUUCUGAUCAGACAGUGUAAUAUGGUUAUCACUUAACUUAACUACAAAGAUUCGGAGCAGUGCCAUUGAUAAAACAGUGCAGUAUUAACACGAUGGUUUAUAAUUGUGGUAACUACCCUACGUGCAGUUGCAUGCACAUAGGCUUAAUGACCUUAAUGCCAACUGGGACUGCACGCAGCAACAUGAUGUGUCAAUAUUUGUACGCCUGUCUAUCGUGCUAAAAUUAGGGAUUUAUUUUACUUCCUUCUUAAUUUACAUAUAAUGUUGAAAUAUGGCUUCAACGUAACUGUAAACUGUGAAUAUAUUACGCAAUUUACGCUAUCUUGUAUUAAAUCGCAAAAUGCGAGAAUAAAAUGAGGCAGUAAGUAGGUCGUUUGCAACUUGCCGCACUCUCUGAAAGUUGAAAUAUCCCUGCAAUAUUAAUUCUGCUCUUUUGUGCAGCGGUUAGGUUAUAACUAUUUGUCUAUAUAAAAUAUUGCACUCGGAAUAAACAAAUAUCUCAAAUAUGGUCUAAUAUGCGAGAUGGAUCGUGACCAGACUGUGACCUAAACCAGGUAAUUAUUACACCAUUUUAAUACUUUCACAUUCAACUUUCGCGUCACAUCCAUCAUUCAGCUAAAACCAGUGUAUUGGUCUACAACUGAAAAUUUAUAGUCCUCUUUUGAAACGUCGAUCGAUCUUAUGCUAGCUACCUAUAAAUCGGUGCGCUCGUUGCACUGAGUUAUCUUUCACCCCACGAAGUCGUGCUUCUUGCGCUGAGCCAUAUAGCCUAUGCAAUUCAGCCAAGUCGAAUGUGAGCAGUGAAGAAAUAUUCAGUGCACAUUUUCUAUGAAAUAGGUAAUGUAAAUUACAAGGCACUGACAGACUGGCUGGGAGAGCCUAUAUAGCAGCUACACGGUAAUUGAUAUGAGUCGACUUGUAGCAAGUCUACUGAAACGUCACUCAGAGAAAGGGCAAUCGCUUGCUUCGAGGCAAUUGCGCUAGCGCUUGCAUCAAAGCAAUUGCGCUUGCAUCGCAGAACAAUAAGGUCAUUCAAACCAAAGAUCGCUUCUGUGAACUUCAAAGAUUGAACUAAAUACCUGAAUGAUUAUUAUAUGAACGACUAUUCCUGGGCGGAGUUCGAUCAAUCACCAUGCACAAUCUAUCUGUACGUAAAAGAAGGAACGAGGAAUCGGACAAGGCGGAAUGAAAUGAGGAAUGAAAAGACCGGAACGAAAAAGCCGGAAUUCGUAAAGCCCGGAACGGAAACACAAAGAUAUAUCUAAGUGAAAAGCGUGUGAUAAAGUAUUUAAAGAUGCGACAUGAUGCACUGGCUCACAUAGUUCUUCGUGUGUGGGUUCAUUAUUCUUGACAUGGAUAUAAUAAAAACACUGCAUGAAUAACUGAAACUCGUGAUUGCGUGUGAUCUUUUGCGGCGUGCUGAUGUCCUAACUUUGUUAAUUAAUUAAAACCGAUCAAAUCCAACGUAACUGCAUGCACAUUUAGCAAUUUUAUUAAAAUGUAUUAAAAUGUAUUAAAAUACAUCUGAACAUUUUAGUGAAAAAAACUGAUAAAACAUAACCACGCGACCCUACGAUGAAAUAUCUGAAAUUGUCAGUGAAUUUUAAGAAAUAUUUAAAGCAUUAGACGGUGAAACAUGAUACAAUAUAUUCGUUAAAAAACCCUACACUGGCAAUACAAAGUUGAUUCAACCGUGAUUUCAACUCGCAUAUUCUAACGAAAUGUGUCUUUGGUGAUGACUCGGUGUUCCUGGUGAUGAAACGGUGCAAUAUGCGUCACAAUUGAAAAUUUCAUUUUAUUAAAUCAACGAUAGUUUGUGUGACAGAUUAUUUGGCUGUAAAUGACGCAGACGAUCUGUAUUCUUUAUACUCCAGAGUCCAGCCUCCAGGAAUACGCAGCUGGGUCAGCCAAAAUAAGUGAAAUUCUAGAAGGAAUCGGUGAAUAUGUGUCAUUUUAUCACCUUACUGAUUAGUUACUAUAGUAUGAAACAAAGAUGCAUUUUGUUGUAGAUUUUGCCUUUUCGAUUCCUUUACACUUAGAUUAUUAAGGAAUUUGCGGUUUUCAAAAUUCUCCUUUUACUCAAUCACUACAUGGAUAAUUAUAUGUGUCAUCGCAGUUUCAACACCUUCAUUGUGUGACUGCAGCUGGUUUUCUUCCAGGCGGAAUUUUGCAAAGCGAAAUUUAAGACAAAGAAAAAUUUCGCUCCGCGCGAAAAAUUUUGCUUAGUGCAAAACCGGCUUAAUUUAUACGUAUACCAUGGAUAUUGAUAAUUUAACGAUAAUUUAAUAUGUAUGCGACGCACGUUUUACUAAAGUCAUCAGUCUUAGUUUCUCUUUUCGAUUUCCUCGCCAUUUGUAAUUUUAUUUUUCAUGCAUUUAUUUGUGUGUAUUUGUUUGUAAACGUUAUAAUGAUAAAUUAUUAAAUUCAAAAAUCAAUUAUAGAACCCUGAUGACUCGAAAAAUUUAUUGUUCGAGUUAAUGCACAGGGAGCAGAGGAAUCGAGUUUAUCUAGUAAAACAAGACAAACAUCAUCUUACCUUGUUAAUUCUAGUAUAUUUCAUUUUAGAAUCCUAAUGUGUGCAUUAAAAAUGCAUAUUUAUUCAUCAAAGUUAUCGAAUAUAAAACCAAAAUAUGAAUUUCAACAAUUAAUAUACUCCGCUGCCUUGAAUUACCGUAGACUUGUAUUUCCCAAAAAGCUAACGAACACUGGCCGAGAUAUCAACGAGUAAGAAAUGAAGAAAGGGAGGGAACAUUGCAGAUCUUUCGUCGCAUGUGCACCGCAACACCCUAUGACGGAAGUGAAUAAAACCGGCUAUUGACCAAUGACGAAGUAGAACUUCAUUUGACAGUUGUAAUUAGUAUUCGAAAAAUUUGAAUCAAUCAUCAUACAUCAUCACGAAACAAUACGUCACUUCCGUCCUAUAGGGUGUUGCGGUGCACAUCGUACGCAAAUAAUCGAUGAAUAUUGGUCGUCAAGUAUGUAGGUUAAACGACCGUUUAUUGAAAUUUAUUUCCUAGCGUAGUAAGAAUAGAUAAUUUCUAGCUUGCAUACAAAAAAUUAUGUCUUUUUAUGAAAUAUUAAGCAAGUUAUAGCCAUCCUAAAAUAUCACCCCAAUGACUGUUUCCUCCCUUUCUUCGUAUAGCGAAAUGUGAGCCCACAAUAAUCUAGAACAGCGGAGUAUAUUCAUUUGUUGUUCAUGUUACAUGAAGUACGAAUAAAAAAUCAUACAAGGCAUACAAUGUUUAUAAACUUUAUAUGGUUUCACGACAAUUUCAACAGACUAUAAAGUGUAAAAUGAAUAAACAUGCAUUUUUAAUGCACACAUGGGGAUUCUACAAUGAAAGAUAUUACAAUUAAGACGGCGUUUGUAUUGUUUUACUAGAUAAACUCGACUCCUCUGCUCCCCGUGGUUAAUGGGGAAUUUGAAGGUGUAUGAUUUCGUUUAUUAUGUUAAUGAUUAGCCUCCUCCGCAGGCACCGCCUUUAGAUUAUCGGGCAAAAUUUGCUUGAAGGUAAAAAAAAAUUGUAAAGAACGUUUAGGAUGAAAUGCAGUAUAUUUUCUUUGUGAAAAACAUAGUUUCCGGACCUGACGUCAUUUAAGUCAUUUUUGUUGCAAGAAACAAUAAUUGCUUUAAAGAACCAGCAUUAACGCGAGCUACUAUUCACUAAAAUAAUUUAUUCUAUUAUCAUAGCAACUCAGCAAGUAUACUAUUAUCCUCAAAACAAAUGGUUGUAAAAAUUUUAGCAAUAUUAUUAAUACAUGAUCUCUACCUUUGGAUGCAGGGGCGGAUCCAGGGGGUAUCGAGCGUAGCUCAAGAUACGGCCAGAUUUUUCCGAUUAUGCAUACUAAAAUAGUUUUCGGGAAAAAUUCAAUAUUAAUAUAUAUUCACGCAAUUCAUUUCUGUUUACAAAAAUAGUGAAAAUUUGAGUUUACUAAGAUGAACGAGGGCAAAUUCUUUCGUAAAUUUUAAAAUUCACAGCUCUAAAUGUAACAUUAGACGUGUUUUUAAAGCAUUGAAUUACUUUCGACGAAGAUGAGCCGAGAGCUUUCCGAAGGCAUAACCCGAGGUUACGUAACCCGAUCAGAAAAAUGUUUUUAAAUGCGUCUGCGGUGUUCUGAUACGGUCCGCGGUUCAAAUGUUACUAAAAAUAGUAACUUAAUGAGGUAUUCGGAUACCUUGUAGGGUAUCCAGCCAAUCACAGGACGUGUAUCUAUGACGUCGGAUACCCUCUGAUACUGUGGCUGUAUUUUGAUUGCGCAAGAAAUGAAAUAAUCGUGAACCGCUCUGAAACUUCGUCUCAUAUUGCUAACAGCCGCAUUUCUUCUAACGUAACUGAGUGAGUGAUGGCCUUACAUAAUUUCAGAAGACGUCCUUGAAAUAACACUUUAUAAAUAGUGUAUUGGAUGCCAAUUAGAACAAGACUAUUACGAAAAGGAUAUGUCCGAAGGGGCCGAAGUUAUGUUGGGCGAAAGGUAUGGCUAGUGAAAUAUAUGAUAUUGCUUGACCUCUCAAAGUUCAUAAAUCGCUAUAUUGACUAAAACUAUCGUUAGGAAUUAGGAGAUAUUCUUUCAAUGAACCGAACGGUAGUAUUUUUGUUUUCAUAGCAUUCGCCUAACCGAAGAUAUUAAUCUGUAAAGUCAUAUUGCGGCAUUGCGCGUGCAAUAUGUUAUUAAUUUAAAUAGGGACCGGCCGAGAAUAUUAAAUAUACUCAGUCGCGAAAGCCGACUUUUCUAUGUCAAAACGCCCCCGGCCACGUUUCAUGAAACAGAAACUUGAACACUGAUACCAAGAAGAGUUAUUGUGUGUUUUUUUGUUACUUUGUGUUUAAAAUAUGACCUUGUUAAGGCCAAAUUUUAGGCCAGAAUCAUGGGCUCAGAACGCAGGAAAUGGCAUUUCCGGGGUUCAAAUUUCAAAAAAAUUCCGGGGGGGCAUGCCCCCGGACCCCCUAGUUAUGCGAGACCCAGGAAUAUGAUACGGUCACAUUUUAAGCUAGAUCCGCCCCUGGGAUGCAUCGAACACAAACCAAUUGGCUAUGCUGUUUUCGUCUCAAAAUUCAAAUUUUAACUUGCGAACGGCCAUACUCAAUAACGGGCUGUAUGGCCUGUGGAGGAGGUAGUCAGGUAGCCAAUUGCACAUGUGCUACUCUUUACAUUAAAAACAACCAGACGUUCGGCAGUAAUUAACUAAUUAUGUGUGCAGUUGUUUGUUUCACGAUCUAAGAAUCUCAAGAACCGAUGUCAGUUUUAUUCAACUUCACAUCCAAAAAAAGCGGAAAAUUCCGUCUAGUGGAAAACGGCCUUUAAAAUUAAAACAGUAAUCGUGAACCGGCCGGAAACCGUUUUAUUUCUGAAUUUUAAUUAAAACUGAUAGUUGGAUUUUUUGUUUUAUUAAUUAAUUAAUUAAAAAUUUAUACUAAAAACAAUUUCAAAAUUUUCAAAAGAGAGUUUUAAAAAAGGAAGAAAAAGUUUUAAAAGUUAGAUUUUCAAAAAAGUUUAAAAAGGUCGGGUUAGGGUUACGGGUUACUGAUUAGGGGUUAGUGGUUAGGGUUAGUGUUAGGGGUUAGAUGUCACGAAUUUAUCAGUAUGAUAAAUUCAGAAUGUGCCGCGAAUUCAUCAUAAUGAUAAAUUCGGACGUGUUUAAGAAUUUACUUAUAUAGUAAAUUCAAAGAUGGAGCUCAUGCUGGUAUCGGAAUGCACACUAAAAUCUGUCAUGUCAACCGCAUUAAAAUACUGCCUACUCACCAUCUUUAACAUGCAUCCAAUCCACUUUUGUCGCUUCAAACCACAAAUUACAACAUACGACGUUUGUCCUGGAUAUCCCUCCUCCCUUCGGCUUCGCGUUGCAAACCUCUUCCACAAACCGACUCAGCCACAGAUUUAAUGUUUCUGCGUUCAUACGAUGUAAUGGUGUAGUCAAAUCUUCGACUUGACAUAUACUGUAUCUAAGUUUACUGAAUUUGAAGGCCCAUUCCUAGCAGUGUUAUCUUCUCGGAAACUUUGCCAGUCUUCGAAAACCUUGAAGACCCAUUUUGUAUUAUAUCCUGUAUUCUGCGGAAUAGUACUGGCAACCAAAAGACGCUUUUCCUCUGUUGUCAAAGGUUUUCUGAACCGACUAAAUGCGACCUAUGGCUAUAUGCAUUCUCAUAGCAAAAAAAAUUCAGCCUACUCUGGCUGCAAUUUGCCUAUUAUAUUAGAGGCACUUUAUCAAUCAAAAGGAAACAAUAUAAUCCCCAAACACUUAAUUCCUUUCGCAUCUUACAUAUUCAUUUCACAAGUUGUUUACAACAUGAGUGGCCGUGUUGUAUUGAAUAUAUUAUCACUCGCCUCGUGAUUAUAUAUUCAAUACUAGGCUAAUUCAAUAUUAGGCUAAUUUGGAGUCGUUAGAUUAUCGCGCAAGCAUACGGCGCACGCGACUACUGUAUACGUCAGCGCAAGAACAGCCAAUUUGAAAUUAGAAUAUUCAUUUAGAACAGCUUUAAUCAAAUAAUUGUAUUUUUGGAUCCAAUUCAACUGAUCAAACUCUAUGAAAUGAUGGUAAAAAGGAACUCAGGAAAUUGCAAACGUUUGCUUUGCUUAACAGCUGAAUUUUUUAUACUUCUUACAUUCGUUCUUUGGUUAGCGACAAGGUCUAAACCUGUACUUGUCGAACUGAACACUGCAAGAAUUCCCGGCAAAGUAACGAUUUCUGCAGAACUAUUGUCAAUACCGGAGAAAUUAAGUCAUAUUUGGAGCUCGACCCGCGACAAUUCUCUGCGAAAGCCUUCAUUUCCAUUUAAAACCAUUUACCGUUAUGGCCUGCAAUUCGACAUCAAGAACAAUAAAGCCCAUGUCUUCUUAUGUAUUCUACUCGCCGGUGAUGUAGCUACCAAUCCUGGACCCACGAGAAGAAACAACCAUCAACCAAACGGCAGCCAAAGUUUUUUCGCGAGAUGUCUUGUAAUCAACGCUCGAAGUUUAAUAAGCUCGCAUAGGUUAAAUGGUAAACAAUCCUGCCACUUGACUAACUUCCAAAACCUUGUGUACACCGAACAAGCGGACAUCGUGUGGGUAACAGAGACUUGGCUAAGAGAUGACAUCGAGAAUUCAGAAAUACUUCCCUGGAGUGAUUAUACUAUCUACCGUAAAGAUCGUAAAACUCGUGCUGGUGGAGUUCUUCUUGCACUAAAGUCUAGCUCCUUUUUGUCAUCUCGCGAGAUUGUUACUGACAGCGAUCUAGAACUAGUUGCAAUAGAAUUAACAUCUACCUGCAACAAGAAAUACCUGGCAUGUUGUACGUACAAGCCCCCGCAGACUAUGAACAGGAAAUGGCUGGACGAGUUCAACCUCUUUUUGGCUAAUAAGUGUUCAGAUUACGCCAAUAUACUGAUAUGCGGUGACUUCAACUUUCCGAAGAUCUGUUGGGAAUCGCCAGAGUUAACAGCCGGCGAAGACGAAGUCCAGUUCACAGAAAUUCUGAACGAUCACUACCUAACACAAGUAAAUCGAGUUCCAACAAGAGGCGACCACAUCCUCGAUCUCGUCAUCAGCAGUGUUGCUGAAAACGUUCAAAAUAUGUCUGUAAUCAGUCCUAGCCAAAGCGGUUUAAUAACCGACCACUCAGCAAUCACGUUCGACAUUGCGACAACGUUCAAAGCACGUCCGAAAAUUAAACGAUCUGUCUUUGAUUAUAACCGAGGGAACUUCGACGGACUUCGUGCAACUCUAGAGUCGGUUGACCUUUGCGGUGCAGUCGAGUCAGCAGUGGACAUUAACCACGGUUGGUUGAAAUGGAAAGAACUAUUUCUCAGUGUUGUACGCGACAGUAUUCCGAUAAAAACCAUCAGCAACGUCAAUAAUCCGCCUUGGAUCAACGGUGAGAUAAUCCACGCUAUCAGAAAAAAGGAGACCGUGCGUCGGAAACUGAAAACAUCGCCAACGGACGUACUGAGAAACAAGUUCAAGGCUUUGCGAUCCAAGGUGAAACGAUUGAUCACUGAAAGUCGUUGUCAGUUCUUCCAGAACAUCAGCGAAGCUCUCUUCAAUAAUCCCAAAAGAUUCUGGUCUGUCUUUAAAAUCAACAGUAAACGUGCCAGUGUUCCAGGAUCAAUGACAAUGGGAUCAAAUGGAUUAGAUCCUGACUCGGCCCGCUCAGCUUCAUGUCCUCGUGACAUAGCAGAACUGUUCAACGGCUACUUCUCCUCCAUUGUGUCUGGAAGCGACAAAACAACUCAAACGGACAAUCCAUCCUCGCCAACUGAUAGCAACUUGUCAGAGUUAAUUCUUUCUCCUGAUGAUGUUCUAGCUGCACUCCUCAGCCUCGAUACCAACAAAGCCACAGGUCCGGAUGAAAUACCACCAAGAAUACUAAAGGAAUGUGCUCACCAAAUUGCCCCGUCAUUAUGUCUACUGUUUAAUCAAUCACUCCGACAUGGCUCCUUACCAGAGGAAUGGAAGCUCGCGAACAUCAUCCCUAUCCAUAAAAAAGGUGAUAUCUCCAACGUUGAAAACUACCGUCCAAUUUCGCUUCUGUGUGUAACAUCCAAAGUCCUCGAGCGCUGUGUGCUGAGAAACCUGAGAGAUUAUCUGAUGUCCCUAAUUAACUCCGCUCAACAUGGUUUCAUUCCUGGAAGACCUUCAACCACUAGCAACCCAGCUAGUCGAAGUUUUGCACUACAUUGGAUCCAUUUUAGACUCUGGUAAACAAACCGAUAUAAUCUUCAUGGACAUGUCAAAGGCUUUUGACAAGGUCAGCCAUACAGCUCUGAUAAACAAACUCCAACAGUAUAACAUUGGCGGAUCUCUUCUCCAAUGGUUCACAUCGUAUCUACAUGACCGCCACCAGCGCGUCACAACUCUUGGCGCUACUUCUUCCAAAAAACCAGUGUGGUCCGGUGUUCCGCAAGGCAGUAUCUUAGAAGCAAUACUCUUCCUCCUGUAUGUGAAUGAUUUACCAGACGCUGUGACGAACUCGACAGUUGCGUGUUUUGCAGACGACACCAAAAUCUUCCGUAGAAUUGACUCCAUCACCGAUGCUAUGUUACUCCAGGAUGACAUCAAUAACCUUGAAUCCUGGUCCACGUCAAGUGGUCUCGUGUUUAACGAAGGAAAAUGCAAAAGUUUUAGCAUUACCAGACGUAGUCAACCAAUCCAUCAUCUAUAUAGCAUCAAAGGCAAAGAACUUGCACUUAUACCAGCAGAGAACGAUCUGGGAAUUUGGAUUGCAAGCGAUCUAACCUGGUCUAAACACAUUUUAGACCGGUGUACCCGUGCCAACAAACUCCUUGGAUUUAUAAAGCGAUGUUCUGGGGAAAUAAGCGACGCGAGGACCCGCCGGACUCUGUAUCUGUCUUUGGUUCGGUCGGUUUUUGGUUACUCGAGCCAGGUUUGGUCGCCUCAAACCGUGACCCUCAUCCAACGUAUGGAACGGGUCCAAAGAAGAGCAACGAAGUACAUUUUAAACCUUCCGUACUUGUGCAGUGAGACUUAUCGGAACGACUUGCCAGUUUGGGUCACUUACCGCUAUCUUACUGGCACGAAUAUUUGGAUCUCGUGUUCUUUUUUAAAGCGGUGAACGGCUUGGUCGACGUGUCCCAUGACGUCCUCCCCGAAGUCAUGUCCCAAACCAGAACGACCAGAUCCUCCAGUGGCAACCAAAUCUCCUUCCGUCCGGCCAAAUGCAAAACCUCUACCUACCAACGCUCCUUCUUUAUUCAGAACUUGGAACUCUUUACCAACUACACUAAGAUCUCCUGACAUUAAUAUUAGGCAAUUCAAAACCGAUUUACAAACUUACUACCUGACAGCCCUGAGAGAAUGCUUCGACGAAGAAGAUCCGAGGACAUGGAAGACUAUUUGUCUGAAGUGUAACACUAGUCGUUACUUACGUUCUGAACUAACUUGUUGUUUUUAGACUCCUGUCCAUGUACUGUAUGUUAUAUGUUCUGUACUGUAUGUGUAUUUUUGUAUAGGGCCCACAGUAAUUGGUUUACACUGUUGUGGUGUCCCUGCCAUUUUUGUCCAUGUUUAUUGUGUAGAUGUCUAUUUGCUGUUCUGUUAAGUGUUUUUGGCAAAGUUUAAUAAAUAAAUAAAUAAAUAAAUACAACACAGCCACGAGUCAGUUAUAAACAUUACGUAUAAUGCAGGCUAGUACAUCUUAUAAAAAAUUUAUUAUCUCGGUCUUUCACCAAUCUCGUUCCCAGAGCCUGCAAUCCUCGGGAAGGAACGUGAAGCUCUGGGAUAAUCAGUUGCCGGAAGCCAGGAAUCCUGGCUAAGAUUGAACUGUGCAUUCCAUAUCAACGGCCAAUCAGAUUCCUCUCUGAAACGGAUUAUCCCAGAGCCUUACGUUCCUCCCGAAGAUCCCAGGCUCGGGGAACGAGAUUGGUCUUUCACGUUCUAAGCUAUCCUCGUUCCCAGGGCCACACGGCCGCGCGCGACCUUCAACGAGUGACCGAGUGAAAAUGGGUCUGGGGACGAGAAUGGUUCUAGUCGGUAGUCGGCUUAGACCUUGCAAUUACACGCUAUCCUGCACCACAGACGCCAUUCUAAAUCGAUAACAUAAUGCUGGAGAUUACUAUCCUCGCAUUUCGAAAAUUUUAUAGUGAAUGGGAAACGUCAAAAUUGCGCGUUAUUGCAGUUUUUAAUACAAAUUUGAAAAUUUUAGUCAAAUAUUUUGUACGCCUAACAAUUGGGCUGCCUAUUAAUAUUAUUAUUAUCAGUGGAGUUUUCUGAGCUUAUCACUGUAUAACUAUUCCUAGAAUCAAACAAUGCGUCGAAAUCACGCACAACCAUUUGGUAACUUUGCAUCACGAACUUGGACACAUCCAAUACUAUUUGCAAUACUGGGAUUUGCCAAUAAUUUAUCGUACUGGCGCCAAUCCAGGAUUCCACGAGGCUGUAGGAGACUUGAUGUCACUUUCAGUUGAUACACCCACGCAUUUACAAAGACUUGGAUUGUUAAAAGACUACAAAAGUGACGAUGGUAGGCUACAAUGUAGAUUUCAGUUUAUCCUAAUUUAACAGCAAUAGUUCAUGUGUUGUUUCGUAGGAAGCGAGAUAAUGAUGUAUAGUUUAGUCCCAGAGAAUUCCAAUAGCUAUAAAAAAUCCUGGCCUAGAUGUUCGUUCUAUUUAAGAGUAUGGAUUUUGGAGAAAAGAAAACGGAUGAAAGGAAAAGGAAGAUAUUUUAAUGGAAGAAAUUAAGGAACAAAUAACUGCUAUAAAUUAUAUAAAGCAAGUGUUAUUUAAAUUCAGAAAGCCAAGUUAUAUGUAUACGUAAAUUAUAGCAAUAAAGAAAAUGGACGAAAAAAAGGUUCUGAAAAAAUGAACAUUACAAGAGCUCACAACAUACAGAGAUAAAAAACCGCUUGUAAUUUAAGUAAAAAGUAACCAAACUGAGUACUCAAAAACGUCAAAACAUUUAAAAGAUAAAUUAAUACUAACCAUAAUUUUACCACUUGCCUGCUAUGGGACGUCCUUGUUACUCUUUAAUUAUUGCCCUAGUUAAGAUUGUACAUGUUGAUCAAAUUUUAGAGGCAGAUAUUAAUGCACUGAUGAAGGUGGCAAUGAGAAAAAUAGCAUUCCUACCAUUCGGCUAUCUCAUUGACCAAUGGCGAUGGAAUGUAUUCAAUGGCAAUAUCAAGGAAACAGAGUACAAUUCAAAGUGGUGGGAAUUGAGACGUAAAUAUCAAGGUAUUAAACCACCUGUGCCGAGAAGUGAAAACGACUUCGAUCCUGGUGCCAAAUAUCAUAUCCCUGGUGACACACCUUACAUCAGGUUUGUAAGAUCAAAUGCUUCAUGUACACGUUGCUUAACGAUAGAAUAUACGGGAAUAUAUCCAAUUUAUAAUCAUUCCCCUCCACUGGCGCAGUCAAACACCCCGCUGCUUUUAAUGUUGCAAUUGUUUAUGAAGCUAGAGUCGUUAUAAAUUCCUUUUAAUUAAUCAUUUUCCCAUAUAUUGUAAGCGGGAGAUGAAGUAUGAAUAACCAAAAAUCCUACAAACGGGUUUUACUUUUAAAAUGCCGCAAAAAUGUGUUACUGACUUAUGUGUGUCAGCUCAGGUUGUUUAGAUAAUCGCAAACAAGUGAAGCAGAAGCGUAAACAUUUGCAACAAAGAAACUCUAACAACGCAUUGUAAAUACCCCAAACAACAAUGAAAAAUUAUACAAUCAAUGUUAGUUUGAAGACAACCACAAUAGUUCUUCAGAAAUUUAAUAAUCCGUCAAUUAUUUUCUCAUUUUCUCAAUAGAUAUUUCAUCAGUUAUAUCCUUCAGUUCCAUUUUCACAAAGCCGCAUGUGAAGCAGCGAAGUUCAAUGGUCCUCUUUUUAAAUGCUCAAUAUAUAACUCUACAGCCGCUGGAAAGAAGAUUGCGUAAGUCUUUUCACAAAUGUUAAUGUUUGUUGUUUUGAAUAUUCAAAUUGAAUAGAUAUAUUAUUAUUAUAAAAUUUAACAUUCAGUUGGAUUCAUUUUUCCCGGCCUCAUGAUGGGAACCAGUUUUGGCACCUCAAGUCGAACUGGGGAGGUAACGCUCUCUCCAUUUUCAAGAAAUGCUACAUAAGGUUUCUGUUUGCCGUGCACGAAAUGGCUAGGCUUCAGUUUCGCUCGAGUUUAUAUAAUCGCGUAUAUAUGUAAAUUCGCGAGACGUUGCUUGAGACCCUAAUUGUUGGCAAUGUAUUCAAGCUUCCAAAACCCAGUGAGCUCCAUAUAUAACCGUAAUUUUAAAAUAACCUUUCAAAACGCUCUGUAUUUCGAAACCGAAUACUUACUGGAUAUACUUACUGUGUUCAUUUUCAAAUCUUUGUAUAUAGACGUUUCUCCUGAGUUUCUAAAGUACGGAAAAAUAUCACACUUCGGCAAGCUGCUCUAUUUACUGUUCAUGCAGAGUACUCGAAAUUUUCGGAACACUAACGCCCAUAUUCUAAAAGCUCACUCACACUCAAUGAGUGGAUGUUCAAUCUGAGGCGUCUCUUGUGUGCCAAUGCUGUUUUUGAAUAGCUGGAGGGUGAGUACUCACAUAGUAAUAUAUGACACUGGCCCUGCAGCUAUUUAAAAGGAGCAAUGACACUCAAGAGAAGCUCAGAUUGAACUUCCACUCAUUGAGUGUGAGUGAACAUUUAAAAUACGGGCGUAAUAGAAUCGAACCAACAAUGGUCACAUGACUGUUCUGACUGCCCCUAUACUUUUGAGUAGGUUUGAUUCUAGUAGCGCUCCGAAAAUCUGAAGUAUACUCCAAACAGCAAGUCAGCAGUCUGCUAUGAGGCGCCAUUUUGAAUAUACAGUAUUUGCUCCAAUUAAUCCCCAAGUUCAACUCGUUCCAUAAAAUAAUUGUACUCCUCUCGACCAAUGGGAAUUCGGAAAUUUUGUCAUGCAAUAAUAAAUAAUAAUGAAUAUGAUUAUGGAACUAUGAUCUAUUGCGUUUAGAAUUUUUAAAACAAAUGUUAUAAGCAUAAUAUGAAAACAAAUAAAUGUUUACACAAUGCACGAUAUAAAAACAAAUAAAUGUUUAUCAAUCGACAGGGCUUUGUAUUCAUUUUUAUAAACCAGAGUAGCGAGUGAAAACAUGAUUGAUAUGCUUGGUUGCCGCGAAUGAACAAACUUUAAAUUAAAUACUGUACUUAUCAUCAGUAAUGUAGCCAGCCCGACGAUUUUGUCCCGCUAUGCAAAUAUUUCGUGCUCAUUGACUGUGAAAACAAUCGAUUUCCAAAGAAAUGAAUAAUGAUAAUAAUUUUGAAUUUGCAUAGCGGGACUAAAUUGUCGGGCUGGCUCACUGAGCUAUAAUAUAUCUAGAGGAAGUGUCCGGCAUGAAACAGUGUCGCCAAAUACAUGGCGGAUUUUCACGACUGCUGACGCCAGAAUGACGCCACUAGUCCCAAAUCCUCGUGGUAAUUACCACUGACCAACCGCAAUCCUCGGCUUUUGACUGCAAUUUCACCCCCCCCCCUGGUUUUUGAAAAAAGCCGGAAACUCUGCUGAAAGUUUAUAUAAAAAAACAUCAAGAAAAAAUGCCGAGUUUCUGCAUGGCUUCAUGAUGCCACAAUUCUUUAACAAGAAGAAACACUUCUUUUUACCGGUAAGAUGUAUUGAACUAUUUGUACUAAAUAAAUACCGUUUUUUAAAAGAAAAAAUUGGAUACGAAAUUUACAAAUAUAUUAACGACGCUGUACAGCAGCUAGUAUUUUUCUGCCUUUAUCACUUUUCUUUAUAUUUUAUUUUGCCAUUUGGGCAGGUUAUAGUUUUUAUUUUCCUCCGGUGUCCUUACCCAAAGAUCCAACAUCAAUUUCACAUGCAGUAUAGUAAUAGAAAUGCCUUUAAAUGAUGGACAAAUGGUGUCAAUUUUUAGUCCCAACUUAUCCUAAUAAGGGUUUUAAUAUACAGGGUGUAUAAAAAAAAGCGCAAUCCUCGACUGAAAUGUAAAUUGCUAAACAAAUAACAGACGAAAACGUUAAAGUUUACAUUCAUUUUAAAGUGUAGCCAUUCAGCUUUCUAACAGUAGGUUGUUUCUUAAAUUUGACUCAUUGGUUCGCGGCUAAUAAUACUUUACGUUAUUGCGAUUGGAGAUUAAAAAAAUUGAGAUGGAAUAACAAAUCGUUCUCAUGAAAAUAACUGAUUUUUUCAUUAAAACAAAAAAUGUUGCAUUUUAUUAAAUGGAUUGUAACAAUAAGUAUAAUUACGGCUUUUCUUCCACUAUUUUUAACUCAGUUUGAAACUUCGAAUGCGAUAUAAUUUUGGCUUGGACCAUCUAAGCUGACUGACAUCAACUUGCUAUAAUUUCUGUUUACAUUACAUCGCAAUUCGAUGACACUCUGGCUCAGACACCAGAAUGUUUUGACGAUUUUUAGCAUUCGUUUAGGAUUUUCAAACAACCUGGUCUCUUUUUAAAAUACUUUUAAUUUGUUCUUACGUGGUUUUCCAGAUGUAGUGACGACAACAUUAAAGUUUAAAGAAGAAAAUUCUAACAUUUAAACCGACUAAACAAUAACAUAGUAAACUUGCGUAAUUAAACAGCAACUAAAAAUGAUAGGUUUUACUAAAUCUUUUCCUGUGCAAUUAUUACUAGCAUUGGAGACAAGGAUAAUAGUUUGUUUGAAAGAGAAAAGAACAGGCUUUGAAGUAAGCCUAAAAGCGUUUAACUAGAAAUAGUAUUUCGAAAGUUAUUAAGCACAAAAGAUGAAUUGCGUUUAUUUUGAUACACCCUGUAUUGUCAUAGGAGGCCCAAUAUAUGGUUGUAAUGGGCACAAAAAAGAUCAAAACGUUCCUAACAAGUGUCUCUGUAGGAGUAAGUGUUGAAUAAAAGCUUGCAAGGCUCACACUACAAUUUUGAGUUGUGAUUUUAAUAGGCAAUUAAUAAUGUUAAUCUUUUUUCAUGGCUAACAUAGAGGGCCUAAUAGACGGUUGUACAAGUAAAGUUUAUAGUUCAUAUAUAAAAACAUUAAAAAGGCCAGCAAAUAGACACGAAUUUUUCUUGACGAAUAUGAGUCAAUAUAGGUGGGAAGAGAUGCCUAAUUUACAACACUCUAAUUUAUAUGUCUGAAAUGACAUAUUUUAAUAUUUGAAAGGAAAAAAAUAAUAUAAUGUUCAAUAGCAAAUUAUAAAAAUAUAUAAUAUGUGACUGAUUGGAUGUAUUCUGCUACACUUUUCCAGAUGCCAAAAAAAUCCUGAGAUGUGUAGAAAACUUAAAGAAGAAUGCCCUGGUUAAAUGUUAUGCCACAAAGGGGAAUCACCUUUUUCGAAGCAAUUAGUAUAAUAUUCCACUUAACCAUUGAGUGACAGCACUCUCCACUUGACGAGUAAAAUCGUCUGGCGUUAGACAGAGUAAAAUACUAAAGUGGGGUGCAUUGCCACUAAUUAAAGGGUUAACUCAAUUUCAGCACCAGCACUCUCCCCUUCACAAAUAAAAUUGUCUGCCAUUGACAAAACAAUAAAUUGGGGUGCAUUGCCACUUAUCAAAGGCUUAACAGGAUGCAUAGACAUCAGUCAUGCACAUUGGCAUCAAAAGGGAUAAUAGGUGCCCACAGCAACUCUCUUAUUCUCUUGGGGUGGGGGGGGGGGUAGGUUACACUCACAAAUGCAUAAUUGAAACAAUUGGCUGGUUUGACAUUUUAAUUGAUAAUUGCAAUAUUUUCACACUGAUUUUGUAAUUUGUUAAUUUUAGGAAUUAAAGUGUAUAUGACAUGAAAUUUCUUAUUUUCUUAAAUGAAAGAACUCUUUGAGUUAUAGUGUAACUUAUUUUUCAGUUUCUUGUUUUCAUGGUUUGUCCCUGAGAUAUUUCAAUUUGUUUGAUAUGUAAAUGAAUGUGAAUAUGUCCGCUAAUUUAUGACGACAUGUUGGUUGCAAGCUCAAAUUACACUGGUUAUAAAAUGUAGUAACUCUAAAAACUGUUGAUAUCAGUUCACGUUUUUCUCCAGGGUUUCAUCACAUUUACCA